AUGGCUUCUGAAAUCAACCCCAAGACAGAAGCCUUUGACGCCCACGAUGGCUCACCACGAUAUGACGAGAAGCAAGGCACCACAGAGCCCAUUCAGACACCCAAGGGAUCAUGGGCAAUGCGAAAUGGCCUCACCAUCGAGUCCUUCAAGCCCCAUGAUGAUUACGCCAAGGGCACCGUUGAGCUCUCGCGAGAUAUGAAGCCCCGCCAUCUCAACAUGAUUGCUAUCGGUGGCAGUAUUGGUGCCGGUUUCUUCGUUGGUAGUGGUGGCGCACUUCAGACUGGAGGUCCAGGCUCGUUGACUAUUGGCUUUUUGAUCAUGGGUGUCAUGAUCUUCAAUGUCGUCUAUGCGCUUGGUGAACUUGCCGUCAUGUACCCAGUCUCUGGUGGUUUCUAUACCUAUGCUAACCGAUUCGUGGAUCCUUCUUGGGGUUUCGCCAUGGGUUGGAAUUAUGUCAUGCAAUGGGCUUUUGUUCUUCCUCUCGAACUGACAGUUUGUGGUACCGUCAUUCAGUAUUGGGCACCAGACACCAGUGUGGCCAUCUGGGUCAGCGUUUUCCUCGCCGUCAUUAUUAUCGUCAACAUCUUCGGAACUCUUGGAUAUGCCGAGGAAGAAUUCUGGGCUGCCCUCCUUAAACUCUCAGCUACAGUCAUCUUCAUGAUCGUUGCUGUCGUUCUUGUCUGCGGUGGAGGUCCAUCUAAUGGCAUCUACGAUGAGUACUGGGGUGCACGUCUUUGGCACAACCCAGGUGCUUUCCAGCAUGGCUUCAGAGGAUUCUGCGGUGUCUUCGUCACUGCAGCUUUCUCCUUCAGUGGAACAGAACUAGUCGGUCUUGCUGCUGCUGAAGCCAAGAACCCAGCCAAGGCCCUCCCAGGUGCCAUCAAGCAAGUCUUCUGGCGAAUCACCCUCUUUUACGUCGUUGGUCUCCUCCUUGUUGGCUUCCUCGUGUCUUCAACCGAUAAGAGACUUCUCAACGCCGGAAACAACAACCCUAGCGCCUCUCCUUUCGUUAUUGCCGCGUCCAACGCUGGACUGAAGGGAUACGAUUCCUUCAUGAACGUCAUCAUCCUUGUUUCCGUCCUGUCCAUCGGUGUUUCAUGUGUUUACGGUGGUAGCCGAACCCUAGUAGCUUUGGCGCAACAGGGCUAUGCCCCUAAGUUCUUCUCUUUCAUUGACAAGUCUGGACGACCUCUUCCUGCUGUUGUUUCCAUCAUCGCCAUUGGAGCUCUCGGUUACAUCAGUGUCGAUGGUGAAGGCACCACUGUUUUCAUCUGGCUACAGGCCCUUUCAGGUUUGGCUGCUUUGUUCACCUGGGGUUCUAUCUGCCUGUGCCAUAUUCGCUUCCGAUCCGCCUGGAAGUACCAUGGCCACACUCUUGACGAAAUUCCCUUCCAGCACGUCUUUGGCGUUUGGGGAUCCUGGGUCGGACUGGUCAUCAUUGUUAUCGUUCUUAUCGCGCAGUUUUAUACCGCCAUAACCAAUAUUGAUGGAUCUGUUGGUACGGCAGAGGGUUUCUUUCAGUCCUAUCUGGCUAUGCCUGUCGUCAUAUUGUUCUACGUAAUCGGAUAUGUCUGGAAGAGAGAGGGAUGGAGGAAGAUCAGCGAGAUUGAUUUGGACACCGGUCGCCGAGAGCACGAUUGGGAAACUAUCAAUGCUUAUCGUCAGCAGCUUGCUAAUGGCCCUGCGUGGAAGCGUGUGUGGCAUCACUUGUUCUAG